AUGAGUAAUGAAUCUCACCAGGACAUUAAAGGAAGCACCAGCAAUUCACAGAUAGAUCUUUUCAAUCUUAUUGGAGGCAACUGGCCACCAGCACCCCGUGAGCCUGAGUGUCCAGAUUAUGGAUCAGUGCCCCGCAGUUUGGUUCGCACUAUGCAGCGUUCUUCGCAACAUGAGCGUGUCAAAUCUGUAAACCUUUUGGCUCACCUAGCCCCUGAACGAAGACGACACAAACAAACAAAUUCUGGCAGAAUCUUACCCACAGUUCCUGAAGAUUUGAGCAACAAAAACAAAAUGGUUCAGGAAACCAAGAAAGUUGAGACCGGUAUAUUGAUUGAUGUUUGUAGUGGAGAGUUACCCGAAGAGCUAUACGACCAGCCGCCACCAGGCUCGCCGCGUUCAGCUCCAGUGUCCAGAUCUCCUAUUGACUUACAAGAAGAUAUCGGCGUGGGGUCACUGGUGGAAGUAGCUACAGAUGUUGAUCAACAUUACUACGGCGUCGUUAGAUGGAUUGGCAUAAUAGAUGAUACAGCGACGGCGGGCGUGGAGUUGGAGCAGAGUGUGUGCGGUUUAGGCGACGGGUCGCGUGGCGGCAGCCGCGUGUUCUCGUGCGCGCCCGGCCGCGCACUUUUCGUGCCGCUGCCGCUGUGCCGCCGCGACGCGCGCUUCCGCGACACGCCGCCGCCCGACCGCCUCGACCUGCAUCACGCUGAGCAGUUCGACCAGCCCGAUUGCCCUGUAGUCCCUGGCGUGGUUCCCCCGCUAACAUCGCUAGGCGAGUUGGCCGGCAAGAACCGCGGCAUACAGGGCCACCACAACUCUUGCUACUUGGACGCCACGCUCUUCGCUAUGUUCACGUUUACCAGCGUGUUCGAUGCGUUGCUUUAUAGGCCACCGGAAGCAGAGGAUUCACCACACUACCCUGAGGUACAGCGCGUGCUAAGGGAAGAGAUCGUAAACCCUCUGCGACGGCACGGGUACGUGCGCGCGGACCGCGUCAUGAAGCUGAGGACCUUACUAGAGAGAUUGUCAGACGUUCCAGGACUCACAUCUGAGGAGAAAGAUCCAGAGGAAUUUUUGAAUGGGCUAGUUGCGCAAUUGCUGCGAGCGGAGCCUUUUCUGAAGCUGUCCUCAGGACAGGAGUCUUACUGUUACCAACUGUUUGUUGAGAAAGAUGAGCACGUGUCGUUGCCAACUGUCCAGCAACUUUUGGAGCAGUCAUUUGCAACAUCCGGCGUUAAACUUAGUGAGGUUCCUGCGGCAUUUAUAAUCCAGAUGCCACGGUUCGGCAAACAAUACAAGCUAUAUCAACAAGUAUUGCCUUCGCCACUCUUAGACGUCACCGACCUUAUUGAAGGAUUGCCACGUCAAUGCGCGGUGUGCGGGUCCCUGGCGCGGUGGGAGUGCGGCGAGUGCGCGGGCGCGGGCAGUGCGCUCGAGGGCGGCGCGCUCUGCCACGCGUGUCUGCGGCUGGCACACGCCGCGCGCCCGCAGCACCAGGCAACGCCGUUAACGGUGUGCGAGGAGUUCGUCAGUAUUCUGGAAUCGUGUCCCGUGCCGCGGGUUUACAUGGAACUGUUCGCCGUGCUCUGUAUCGAGACCAGUCAUUACGUCGCUUUCGUGAAGGCCGGAGUCGGCCAUGACGCUCCGUGGUGUUUCUUCGACUCCAUGGCAGACAGAAAAGGCGAACGCAACGGCUACAACAUUCCGGAGAUAGUGAGCAUCUCCGAGCUAGGCGCAUGGCUCGGUGAAGAGGGCGCCCGAACAUCGCACGCUGCGCCCGCGCCGCCUCACGCCGCCCGCCUGCUCGCCGACGCCUACAUGUGCUUCUACCGCAGCCCCGACGUAGCCAUGUACCGAUAA